AAUGCUGGCAGGAAGAAAUGUCCAAAUCACUGCUGUCACUAUGGUAACUGUCGUCCUAUUUCGUCUGCUUGACAGUGGAGGCUCAAACUCUGGACUGGUGCAUGGGAAUAACUGUCUGACCCUCUUAGUCCGGAGUAUCCAUAGUGACAGACUAUCGCACCUCCAGCCUGGGCAACAACAAGAGUUUGUUUGAAAGAAGCGACAGAGUGCAUGAAAGAUAGAGAAAUGAUAUGUGUUUCUGGACCUGGAGUCUGUUCACAUGUCUACCUGUUGUUCCUGCUGAUGGCCAUGUCGCUCCAAAUCAGGCCACUGUGCGGAGGUCUGUUGAGGUUGGAUGAAGAAGUGGACAAGAGUGUCUCUGUCAUCAGUCACUCUGAGCGUUUCAAGGCCCAGCUGGAGGCUCUACUGCUGCACGGGAACAACAGCGACGUGUCUCUGCGCGUGGAGUCGACAGGUGGGGAUGAGGUUAAGGUGAUCCAAGCCCACACGCUCAUGCUGUCUCUGCAGAGCCAUACCUUCCAGAAGCUGCUUGAGAAGAGGAACGAAAGCACGUUGGUGCUGAUGGAGAGUCCAGAGUGCAUCAACGUUUUUGAGAAGUUUAUCAGGUAUUUGUACUGUGGUGAACUGCAUUUACGUUUGGAUGAAACCACUGCUCUGCAUGAACUGGCCACCAAAUACGGUGUCUCAGUUCUCCAACAUGGUCUAACUGAGUACAUGAUACAGAAUCUGCCCGGUGCUUCUCUGAGUGGUCACGUGGUUCACUGGUAUGAGUACGCAACCGCAGAGGGAAAUGCCAACCUUCGUGUCAGCUGCCUGCAGUUCCUGUUGCGGAACACGACGUCUGUGUUGCGAAGCUCACAAUGGCCGUCGAUCAGCUCCCAGCUUCUGUUGGCUCUGCUGCAGCGCUCUGAUCUGGUGCUGCACAGUGAACUUGAGCUCUUUAAGGCCCUCGAGACCUGGCUAAUGCACAACGAGCCAGACAACCUGACAGUAGAAAACAUAUUGCGUGCUGUGCGUUACCCGAUGAUCCCACCACGUGAGCUGUUCCGCUUGCAGCGUGAGUCACCAGUGCUCUUGCGCUACUACGAGUCAGUGCGUGAUCUCCUGUACAAGGCCUACCAGUUCCACGCAGCACCACCACCACUGUUUGCAAAAUUUUUCGAUGUGAACUGCAGCUUGUUCAUCCCACGCAAUUAUCUAGCAGCAGCGUGGGGCAGUGCGUGGCUCAUUAACAGCCCAGCACGUGACGACCGCACGGCUGCCUUUCACACACAGCUGGGCCCGAGUGCUUAUGACUCCAGCAAACGUGUGAUUUGGAAUGCACUGUUCUCGCCACGCUCACGUUCUGACGGUAACCCACGUAUCGUGAUCACACCUGCUUCAUCCAGCCCCGACAUCGCGGGUGUCGUCUUUCAGAAGACGGUGAUCGUGUGCGCACGGCUUCAGGGCCUGCUUGUAGUACGCCGUGUGUACAACUUCCACCAGAGCACAGAAGAGAACGGCGAUUUCCUGACUGACAGCGACCUACAUGAGAGCACCUCUGAGUAUUUGGUGGAUGGCUGGCUGCACCUGCAUGUUAUCAUCAAACCUGUUUAUCAGACACUUAUAUCCUCAAAAAUAAAAUAAAAUCAUGGUUUCCUAUAAAUACCAAAAAUACAGGUGAUAGAAGUGUUUGCAUGGCUGACCUAUGGUUUUCCCUCAUAAUGAAUUAUGGUUUUCCCCCCGAUCCUAUGUUUCUGAUAAUAUAAUCAGCAAAUAAGAAAUGUUUUUUUUUUGUCCCUUGAGAUGAAUUUGUAAGGGGUUUAAGAUAAACAUUAUAGUCUAUUAUAAACUUCACCUUAUACACAAGAACCAAGCAAACCACACACUUUUUUAAAUGUAGAAUUUAUAAAAAUAUACAAUAUACAAAAACAAAUAUAAUAUAAGCAAUGUAUAUUUAAACACAAAAUAGUACAGUAGUUCCUGACCACUAUUUUACACCGUGUUCUUUUCUAUUUGCUGCUUUUCAUUGACCACCACGGAGUAGAACUUGUGCAGUGACAUACAGUAAAUCUGCAGUAAUUUGAGCACACGUAUCAACAAUUGGUUGUUUAAGUUCUCACUAAUGCAGGUCUUUACAUACCUUGUGGAAUUAAAUCUGGUGAUAUGGGAAUAUUUCAUAUGCUCAAUGUAUAAGUUAAACACUUCUGAAGGCAUUAGUGUUAAGCAAAAUCUGUAAUCUGCUUCUUUUUUGUUUCCUUCCUUACAAAUAAAGCCAGUGAUUUAUGA